CGGUCUCCAGCACCAGUUCACUUCCCUCUCUCAGUUCCCCCAGCUAGCCAGGAAAAGACGCUGACCCGGACUUUGGCUCUUUUCUCUGGUCCCUGUUUGAAUGUAUCGGACCCUCCACUCCCACCCACCGCUCUGCAACACAAACAUUAACCAGUCCUAAUUUACUGGAUCUGCUCUUUGUUGCCAGAGCCUUUACCCUCCUCUGCUUCUAUUCCAGGAGAGAGAAGGAGAGUUAUUUCUUCCUUUUACCCGGAUUGAUUUCUGAAUGAAUCUGGAUUGUUUUCCUUCUUGUUGUUGGGCUGCCGCUGCAGGAGCAGAGCUGGUGCUUCCACCAAUGUAAUUACUGUCAAAGAAACCGGUUUAAACGUCGGAACAAAAAGGACGUUGAAGCGCUUUUCCCCGACCCGGUCUGUCAACCAUUAUUCACCACUGCAGUUGUCAAGUUGGAGCCCUGCUGGGAAAUGGACAAACCCCUCUAAAGUGAAAACGCUGCUCUGUCUCACCAACACAACCCCAGGACGUGAUUUGGACGAGGAUCCCCCGAGUGGAGCAACAAGAACAUGUUUACUACCCUGUUUCUAUGGUAACCCAAGAGGAGCAUGCACGUCCGGGUCAGGAGUUAACCUCAACGCUCAUCUCCUCCGCCUGACUCCUGUGAGAACUACGCUACCCACGAUUCCUGUGAACUGACGACCCAGUCUGACAUUUAGAUCAGUUUAAGAAAGACACUCAGAGGAACAAAAACUACAACGACACUAUCACAACACUGCUGUGAGGACGACCAACAUGGCCAACAACACGGCAGACCACCCUCCGGGGAAUUCGGUGGCAGAGGGCAACCAUGACGGGGACUUUGGGGUGACCGUGAUGGAACUGAGGGAACUGAUGGAGCUGCGAAGCGCCGAGGCCGUCAACAAGAUACAGGACGCGCACGGAGACGUGCAGGGCAUCUGCCGCCGCCUGAAAACCUCACCUAUAGAAGGUCUGUCUGGUAACCCUGUUGAUUUGGAGAAACGUCACGCGGCGUUCGGCAAGAACUUCAUCCCCCCCAAGAAGGCCAAGACGUUCCUGCAGCUGGUUUGGGAGGCUCUGCAGGACGUCACGCUUAUUAUUCUGGAAAUCGCUGCCAUCAUCUCGCUGGGCCUGUCCUUCUACCAUCCACCAGGGGGCGACAGUGAAGCAUGUGGCCAGGUUGCAGGUGGCGUGGAGGACGAGGGCGAGGCCCAGGCUGGCUGGAUCGAGGGUGCCGCCAUCCUGUUCUCGGUCAUCAUCGUGGUCCUGGUGACGGCCUUCAACGAUUGGUCCAAAGAGAAGCAGUUCCGCGGGCUGCAGAGUCGCAUCGAACAUGAACAAAAGUUCACCGUCAUCCGCAAAGGCCAGGUCAUCCAGAUCCCUGUGGCCGAGCUGGUGGUGGGAGACAUCGCUCAGAUCAAAUAUGGAGACCUGCUGCCUGCUGACGGGAUCCUGAUCCAAGGCAACGACCUGAAGAUCGACGAGAGCUCUCUGACCGGAGAGUCUGAUCAGGUCCGAAAGUCUAUGGAGAAGGACCCCAUGCUGCUGUCCGGGACCCAUGUAAUGGAGGGAUCAGGCAGGAUGGUGGUGUCAGCCGUCGGCCUCAACUCUCAAACCGGCAUCAUCUUUACUCUUCUGGGCGCCGGCGAGCACGAUGAAGUGAAGAAGGUCAAGAAAAGUAAAAAACAAGGACCCCCCGAAAAUCGCAACAAAGCCAAAACGCAGGACGGCAUCGCCCUGGAGAUCCAGCCACUGAAGAGCGAUGAGGCCACCGAGUCGGAGGAAAAGGAGGAGGCCAAACCGGUGAAGAAGGUUAAUGUGACCAAGAAGGAGAAGUCGGUGCUGCAGGGCAAACUUACCAAACUGGCUGUACAGAUCGGGAAGGCUGGUCUGAUCAUGUCGGCUCUGACUGUCGUCAUCCUCAUCCUCUACUUUGUGAUCGACACCUUCGCGGUCCAGGGUCGGACCUGGUUGGCCGAGUGCACCCCCAUCUACAUCCAGUACUUUGUCAAGUUCUUCAUCAUCGGCGUGACGGUGCUGGUGGUGGCCGUUCCUGAGGGGCUGCCGCUCGCCGUCACCAUCUCUCUAGCCUACUCCGUCAAGAAAAUGAUGAAGGACAACAACCUGGUGCGUCACCUGGACGCCUGUGAGACCAUGGGCAACGCCACGGCCAUCUGCUCGGACAAGACAGGCACGCUGACCAUGAACCGCAUGACGGUGGUGCAGGCGUACGUAGGCGACACGCACUACAGAACGGUCCCCGAACCCGACGCCAUCAAACCAGAGACUCUGGAAGUUAUGGUCAACAGCAUUUCUAUCAACUCGGCGUACACCACCAAGAUCCUGUCUCCGGAAAAAGAAGGUGGCCUUCCCCGCCACGUGGGCAACAAAACCGAGUGUGCUCUGCUGGGCCUGGUGCUGGAGCUGAAGAGGGACUACCAGCCAAUCAGAGAUGAGGUCCCCGAAGAGAAACUCUACAAGGUUUACACCUUUAACUCCUCCCGCAAGUCCAUGAGCACGGUGCUGAAGAACGCUGAUGGAGGUUUCCGCAUGUACAGCAAAGGAGCGUCAGAGAUAGUCCUGAGAAAAUGCUCCUAUAUCUUGGACGCCCAGGGUCAGCCUCGCAUCUUCAAGCCGAAGGACCGUGACGAGAUGGUGCGUAAGGUGAUUGAGCCGAUGGCGUGCGACGGGCUGAGGACCAUCUGCGUGGCUUACAGGGACUUUCCCGCUGAUGCCGGAGAGCCAAACUGGGACAACGAGAACGACAUCUUGAAUGACCUCACCUGCAUCGUGGUGGUCGGCAUCGAGGACCCUGUCAGACCUGAGGUACCUGAGGCUAUUACCAAGUGCCAGCGUGCAGGCAUCACUGUACGUAUGGUUACCGGAGACAACAUCAACACCGCCCGCGCCAUCGCAACCAAGUGUGGCAUCCUGCUGCCCGGCGAGGACUUCCUGUGUAUGGAGGGCAAAGAGUUCAACCAGCAGAUCAGAAACGACCAAGGAGAGGUGGAACAAGAGCGUCUGGACAAAGUUUGGCCCAAACUGCGCGUUCUGGCUCGUUCCUCGCCAACAGACAAACACACUCUGGUCAAAGGGAUCAUCGACAGCACGGUGGGCGAAACCCGACAGGUGGUGGCGGUGACAGGAGACGGUACCAACGACGGCCCCGCCCUCAAGAAAGCUGAUGUUGGCUUUGCCAUGGGAAUUGCUGGCACAGACGUGGCAAAGGAAGCGUCUGACAUCAUCCUGACUGACGACAACUUCACCAGCAUCGUCAAGGCCGUCAUGUGGGGAAGGAACGUCUACGACAGCAUCUCCAAGUUCCUGCAGUUCCAGCUGACCGUCAAUGUGGUGGCCGUAAUCGUGGCGUUCACCGGCGCCUGCAUCACACAGGACUCCCCUCUGAAGGCCGUCCAGAUGCUCUGGGUCAAUCUCAUCAUGGACACUCUGGCGUCUCUUGCUCUGGCCACCGAGCCGCCCACCGAGUCUCUGCUGCUACGCAGGCCGUACGGCCGCAACAAGCCUCUCAUCUCCAGGACCAUGAUGAAGAACAUCCUGGGUCACGCUGUGUACCAGCUCGUCAUCAUUUUCACCCUGCUCUUCGCUGGUGAGUCGAUUUUCGACAUGGACAGCGGCCGCAACGCUCCCCUGCACGCGCCGCCGUCGGAGCACUACACCAUCGUCUUCAACGUGUUCGUCAUGAUGCAGCUCUUCAACGAAAUCAACGCCAGGAAGAUCCACGGAGAGAGGAAUGUGUUCGAGGGCAUCUACAGGAACCCCAUCUUCUGCAGCGUAGUACUGGGGACCUUCGUCCUGCAGAUCAUCAUCGUUCAGUUCGGAGGGAAGCCGUUCUCCUGCACGGCUCUGACCAUCGAUCAGUGGCUGUGGUGCGUGUUCAUCGGUGUGGGAGAGCUGCUGUGGGGACAGCUGAUCUCGGCCAUCCCCACCCACCGCCUGAAGUUCCUGAAGGAGGCGGGCCACGGCACCACCAAGGAGGACAUCCACGAGGAGCAGAUGACGGAGGGCGCCGAUGAGAUCGACCACGCCGAGAUGGAGAUGAGGAGAGGCCAGAUCCUCUGGUUCAGAGGGCUGAACCGCAUCCAGACGCAGAUGGAUGUGGUCUAUACCUUCCAGACGGGCCAGGCGCCGGUACCCGGUGCCCUGCGCCGCCAGCCGUCGGUCGUCAGCCAGCACAAUGACGCCACUGCUGCCAAAACUCUCUCUAGCCCCACCCACAUUAAGGUGGUGAACGCGUUCCGUAGCUCCCUGUACGCGGGGCUGGAGAGCCCAGAAUCCCGUAGCUCCAUCCACAGCUUCAUGGCCCAUCCUGAGUUCGUCCCCCAGUCCGAGGAGGAGGCUCGCAUCCCCACCAUCGAGGAGACUGGAGACGAGAUCGACCUCCUCCCCAGCGCCUCCUCUGGGGCCGGGGGAGGAGGAGAGCCGCCCAGCGCCUUCCCCCACAGCUGCAAGUCAUCCAUCUGAGCUCCUCUUCCCUCCUCCCUCCUCUGUAUCAGCAUCAUCUGUCAUCCCAUCAACUGAGCUGUCGCGCUGAGGAGGGAAGUCACUCUGCAUCCCCUCAUUCUGCACACACACAUGCUUCACAUCGUUUUCACCCCUCUCAGUCAUUCCUGCCACGUUGUGUUUUUCAUACUGACUGUGGCGUCGUCCUGCCUGUAAGUUUGUCCCUCCACCACCACCACACACAUGUCUCAGUAGAGGGUGGCGGCCUGCCCAUUCAUGUAUAUUUUUUACUUAAUGGUCCUUUUGAAAAGCUUUUAAACUAUGUUGGGUUCGAUCUUUGCGGGACUUGCAGCAGCAUGUCGUGUUCUGUACUCGCUUCAUUCCCGCUCAAAAAACGGCACAGAACUUUUCAGAGAGUGCAGUGAUUCUCAUGUACAUACGCUUUCCGCUCCUCUACACAGCUAACAGCCGGGUUUGGUGAUCAGAAGAUUUUUUAGUCAAAUGCAAAAAUGUAAUUUAGUUUUGUUUGUUUGUUUUGAAAAACCUCUAACGAUUGUUAAUCGAUAGUUCAUUCAAACUCCUGAGAAUGUCUUGUGAGUGUGACACACCAGUCUUAAAGGUUCAACUGUUAAAAAAUAUGUUCUUCCCUUUUUGGUGUCUGUAUGGGUUGCUUUUUCUUUUAUCAGCUGUGUUGCUUGUUGAAGGACAGAAUGCUUACUACCCAAAAAUAUCCAACGUGGCGUCAUCCAGAGAGGACUCACUCUCUGCUCAGUGAGGGUCUGACCUCAUCUCAUCCAGUCAGGGUUCUGGUUCUCUCUGCCCAUCCCCCCCCCCCCCCUCCCCACCGUCAGUACGUCCACAGUGUCGAUAGGAAACAGGAGUGUGAUUUAGGUUUCCAGCUCUAGUAGGAUGCAUGUUAUGUUUCAUUCGUGUUGAGUCGCAUGAUAACUUAGGAAUGAGUAUUUGGGAUUCUGUUUAGACGACUAUAUGUGUGUUAGUCUGCAGCAGCACCUGUUCAGCGCUUCAUUCACUUCCUGUCUUUAUGACUGAACUUCCUGUUACCACAACAGCACAAAAAAACAGACUCCUCAAUACUUUCAAAGUCUUGACAUACUCCACAGCAGGGGUGUGUCAAUAAUCCGCGUGUACUCCACAUGGUCCUAAAUGUUGUUCUUGUGAACGUGAUUUACCCAUAAAGACCCGUUGGUUUCCGUUCAUUUAGACGAACAAAUAGACCGAAACUAAAGCAGAAUAUUUCACAGAUGAGGGAUAUCAUUCAUUGUAAGUCACGGUCUCAAUUGCCAACUUUUCUUGCGUUCUUAUCACCUUCCUCCUCCCCCCUGACAGGCUCAUAUUAGAUAAGACCCGCCCUCUUGAAGUACUGCUAUUAAUCAAAAAUGACAACCUGUGACCGUGACACUGUGAGGCGACCCCCGCUAAACACUGCCCCACUGUGCCACAGAUGCCAAAGUUAAUGUCACGUGGACCCUUACAGCUAUCUGGAAACAUUUAGCUCACAUCUUUCAGGUUUGGACUCCAAGCGGAACACUACUGCCACCGGAUGACAAGUAUUCAUCCCUUUGUCCCUUCAAAAGAGAAGAAAAAAUCCUUAAAAUUAUCCUAUUUUCCGAUGCUUAUUAAAAUCUGGGUAUAGUGGCACCAGACUAAAAAACGUAGCCCCAGCUUAUCUUGUCUUCUCGCCAGACACAUCAUGAAGCGUUUCCUCGUGGAUCCCGAGGUGUUCCCAGACCAGAAGUGUAAUCCCUGCAGUGUGUUCUGGAUCUGCAAGGGGCUUUCCCCCCGUUGGACAUGUUGAGUUAAUGCCCACAGGGAGGCGUCCUGAUCAGACUUUAAACCACAUCCACUGACUCCUUCCAGCCAGGGCUCAGAUGAGAGUUUGAACGUACGUAGAUCGACUGAUAGAUGGACAUGACUCCAGUAUCGAUGAGUCUGUUUUGGGUCACAGUGCAGGAAAUUCAGUUCCAGCAGACAGGAAGUUGAUGGAACUCUAAACAGGGCCUGGACCGUCUCUCUCUGUGUUGGAAGACAAAUCUUAUUACCAGUUCUGAUGUUUUUGGUCCCCUCGUUUGUCAGAUAUUUAUGAACAGAAAAUAAUCAGCUGUCAGUGACACACGCUGAGGUUUAUGGGAGACUGAUGAUGUCACCAGUCAGCCUGUAGACUAAAAUGCACUGUAUCCCUGCUGCCGCUCAGUACUUCCUGCCUGCCGUUGUCCUCAGAUUACUGUCAUAAAAGAAGAAGGCAUCAUCUUCCAAUCAGAAGCAGCGAUGCGUGUAAUCCCCCCCCUUAAUCUGACUAGCAGCCAUCAACCUAUCUACGAACUAGGACACGUUAUUGACGUAAUGUGCUACUACUGCCAUAUUUCCAACUUUUUUGUCAUGACUAGGUUCUUCCUCUCCCCUCUGAUGAGCUUUUUCUAUGUAACUCAGAGCCAUAUUUUAUAGGUUGUCUGUAUUGUUUUUUUUUUAUCUCAUUGUUAUCGAGGUUUCCUUUGGACUUUUUCCACUCCUGACCCCUCCCACCCCCCCAACCCCUGGCCCUUUACUCCAAACAUGACCAAAAAGCAAGGAGAAAAUCUUCAGUCGUCACUGCCGAACCAUGUUUAAAGGACCUCUACAAUGUUUACAUGAAAAGCAAGUGGGUGGCAGUUCGCCUGCGCUUCUCUCAUCCCACCACUUCCCUUUCAUUCCCUUGCUUUCCUGAAUCUUAGAGUUACUAUUUAACUAAAUGGGGAAUCUUUCUUGCAUGGUUUUCAUAUAAAAUUCAAUGUUUUGCUCAUUUUUUACAAUUCUUCUGUAUUUUUAUAUUAAGUACUUUUUAAUAUUUUGGAGAUAUAUGAAUAUAUAUGUAUAGGCUGAAGAGUUUGGUGACAGUGCAGUACAUGAAUGAGAUGAAUCUGACGUGGACUCUGUCUUUUUACAGCUCUCUAAAUAUUUAUGCCACGUGUGUCGUCUUGGUAACCUGACGUUAGGGCUCAGAAACCUGCAGUGACUUGUUUACUUCCUGUCGGCUGUUCAAUUGGAAUCUCAACAAUCUAUUCUCAUCAGCCCCCUUUUACAUGAGUAUAUUCACUUUAUCCAAGAUGUUUUGACACACUACACGCUAUGUGAUUUCGCAGUUAUCUAACUAGAGUUCAGCCAAUACAAGGUGAAUACAGCUAACUGUAUCAAACAUUAAAUGGGAGUGUAUAAUUAUUUA